GCGGCGGCCGUUGGCGGCGGCAUGGCGAGCUGCCGGCGGCUGAGCGGCGCGGCGCUGCGGGAGGUGCUGGGCUCGGCGCAGGGGCUGCUCUUCGACUGCGACGGGGUGCUGUGGGCGGGCGAGUCCGCCGUGCCCGGCGCUCCCGAGCUGCUGGAGCGGCUGCAGCGCAGCGGCAAGGCCGCGCUCUUCGUCAGCAACAACAGUCGGCGCUCGGUGGCCGAGCUGGAGCUGCGCUUCAGCCGCUUGGGCUUCCGCGGCGUCCGCGCCGAGCACGUCUUCAGCUCCGCGCUCUGCUCCGCGCUCUUCCUCCGCCAGCACCUCCUCAGCGGAGGAGGGGCGGGCGACGGCAGCGCGGUGAGCCGCGUCUUCGUGCUGGGCGGCGAGGGGCUGCGGGGCGAGGUGCGGAACGCCGGGCUGCGCCUGGUGGGAGAAGGCGAGCAGGGAGCGGAGCAGGUGCACGCCGUGCUGGUGGGCUACGACGACCAGUUCACCUUCGCCAAGCUGGCCCAGGCCUGCGCCUACCUGCGAGACCCGCGCUGCAUGCUGGUGGCCACCGACCCCGAUCCAUGGCACCCGCUGAGCGAUGGGCAGCGAACCCCCGGGACCGGCAGUCUCACAGCUGCAGUGGAAACAGCUUCAGGCCGCAAGGCGCUGGUGGUGGGAAAGCCCAAUACCUACAUGUUUGAUUGCAUCGUGGAGCGUUUUGGUAUUGACCCAUCCCGUACCCUCAUGGUGGGAGACCGUCUGGAGACAGAUAUCCUCUUUGGCAAGAACUGCGGCCUCUCUACCAUCCUCACGCUGACGGGUGUCUCCCGCCUGGAAGAGGCACUGGCCUACAUGGCCAGCGACAGUGCUGCUGCCAAGGAUAUGGUGCCCAAUUACUAUGUAAACAGCAUUGCAGAGUUGAUACCAGGCUUGGAUGAGUAGUGGUCUUUAUGUGCGAGAGCAGAGGAGUCGGGUUCCCCAUCCCAGAUCUCUAUCUGUUCCAUAUUCUCUCUCACCACCCUUUUCCCUCACUUCCUGGUUUCUUCACAUUCCGAUGCCCUUUUCUGGGGACAGGAGGAGAGGGGGGCAGGGUUAAAGUUGUUUCCUUUCUGCUGAGAGCCACCCAUGACAGACAGAGUCCUUUUCUCCCUCAUGUGCCAGUACCAGCAUCUCUGGGAGAGAGCUGGAGGCCUUGAGGCUGACAUGGGGGUCAGAACAGUGUUUUAGUGUGUGGCCUCUCCUGCUGCAGGGGUUAGGGAACAGCUAUCUUAACGGUUUUCUCUUAGAUAACCAGUGGCGGCCUUUUACUGCUGUCCCUUUGCUCUGUAACUCUUGAUGUCUGAGCUGCAUCCCUGCAGUCCUUAUGGUAAUCCCCUCCUUGGGAGGGGAAUGGCUGGGGGUAUCACCCACUGCCACCCACCCAUCUCCAUCGGUGCCAGGGUGUGUUGAAGAAGCAUUCUGGAGCAGUGAAUGAGAGCGUCUCUGCCUCCCACAGGCGAAUAAGCGAAUGAGAGCAUCACCUCAUCUCUUGUCUUCUCUCUGCUGUUCCUUAGAGGUGUUUCCCUACCACCCCCUGACCUGACUCGCUUAAAAGCUAUGCCAGUAUUUGUCAGAAAAGACUGCAGAAAGGGAAAAAAGGCUGUCCUUGUCCCUUUUUUUGUGCCAAACAACUCAGACUCAGUCGGUCUGUGGUUGUACCUUGUUUUCAAGUACCCCUUCUGAAGGGGCUUGUGAGAGAGGGCUCCUAGACCACAGAAGCACAGCAGGAGUGAACUUUAUGACUCUCCCCUAUUUCCCCUCCUCAGUGGAUUUUGCCAUGGUGUGGUGAGAGAAAAGGGCUGAUGGGGGUCUGUGCUCCAGCUGCUGAGGUGUGGGUAUGAUGUUGCUAUUGUUACUGCUGUGAAUGUUGCAGCCCUCAAAAUCAUUCCUUGCUGCUUCGUCUUUCUAUGUUUUUUUUUUUUAAUUUAUUUAUUAUACUAACUUAUUUAUUGUUCAAAUAUUGUAUUAUUUGUAAAAAUAAUGCUUAGUGUUUGAACCAAGGGGACAGGGGGCAGAUUCUUUGGGCCUCCCUUACUGUCCAUGUCCUAUAUUGAUGUUCUUACACUCACCGUGUUUCUGGAUAUAAUAAAGUGUGAGCGUAGGCUGGAAA